UCGACUUGUCUUCUGAUUUGGCGCGAUGGUAGCCCGCGAGAAGAAGGGGCGGAGGAAGGAAUGCUGAUGCCACGCCCAUCUGUGGGUUCCGUUUGACGUUGGACAGCCCUAGAGAAAAUGGCGGCUCGAAGGGCUGUCCCUCGCGGUGUUCUGGGACUUGCUGUGAAGGCAGGACAGCGGUCCUUUUCUCACAGUCAAAGCGCAGCCGCGCCUCUCAACGCCCAGCAGCUUGCUGAGAAAAUACGAGCUGAGAAGCAGGAGCAGAAAAAACAGCAGAAAGAGAUUCCUAAGGACCCGGUACUGAGGCGUGUGCGAGAACUUGCUCAACUAACCCAGCAGUUGCAGCGGGUUCAUCCUAAUGUGCUGGCCAAGGCACUCAAACAGGGGAUUAUCUACCAGAAUAAAGAGAUUGUGGUGAUUAACAAACCUUAUGGCCUCCCUGUUCAUGGUGGCCCCAAGGUGAAAAUGUGCAUCACAGACGUGCUGCCAGUACUAGCGAAGAUGUUGGAUGGCAUGAAAGCUGAGCCCCUGCACCUGUGUCACCGGCUGGACAAAGAAACAACUGGGGUCAUGGUGCUGGCACGUGACCAGGACAUUGCACACUGGAUCCAGGAGCUCUUCAAAACCCGCCAAGUGGAGAAGAAAUACUGGGCAAUCUGCGUUGGAGAACCAAAGCCAACAGAGGGGCUGGUGGACAUUCCCAUCAUGGAGAAGGAAGCAGAAGGCAACCAAGUGCACUAUAAAAUGGCACUUGCUCCAAACUACCGCAUGUCCUUUGAGGAUGGUCAUAUGUUCAAAGUGCGCCAGCACAGAAAUGCAAAUAAGGCAGUGACCCGGUACCGAGUGCUGAGUAGCUUUUCUUCUUGUUCCCUCCUUGAACUCCAGCCAGUCACAGGAGUGAAGCAUCAACUCAGAGUCCACUUGGCCUAUGGCUUAGGGUGUCCAGUCCUUGGGGACCACAAAUACUCUCACUGGAGCAAGCUGGCACCACAGAAGCUUCCUGUGGGCACAUUGAAGAGGCUGGGCUUGGAACAAGCCAAAGCUCGCCACCUCCCACUUCACUUGCAUGCCUGUCAGCUCACCCUGCCUGAGCAAAAUGGCAGCAAGGAAGAUAAAAUCCACUUGGUUUGCAGGCCACCCCUCUUCUUCACACGUUCCUUACAGCGACUGAAACUGGAGUUUCCAGAGUUGGGAAAAAAGUGAGCCAGGACACUGAUGGCCAGCAUUGCUUCAUUGGAGAAGCUUAUUUUCCUUGACUUUCUAGUUCCUGGGAUUCCCCUACGUGCAGAGCACCUUGGACCGCCUGUGGAAUGGAAAGAUUUGCUUCUCCCAGAAGCCUUCAUCUCUCCAGGGAAUCUUUGGGCCAAGUGGUGAGACUCUGUAUUCAGCUGCCAAGGGGAGUGGAGACAGAGAUCCCAUGGUGUUUGAAACAGAACUGGAGUAUUUGAAUAUUCAGCAGACCGUGUGACAUCAGUUAUUGAAACAGCAGUUGAGGCAUCUGAGCCUUAGCCCAGUGCAAACAACUUUCUUGCCUGAAUAAAAUAAAUUGAUAGGCUGA